AUGGCAUCCGCGGCAUCUCUGGCAGUACGAAUGGCUCAGGUGCUCCUUGAAUAUGGAAACGGCAGCAUCCCAGAAAACACUAACUUCUUCCAGCCGUUGGCAGAACCUCUCAUUCGCGUGCCCUCCCUUCCGAGCAUCACCUUCAGCAUCGGACGAAAGGGGAAAAGUUUCUUUGACUACUACGACUUCUACCUUUUCGGUAUCAGACAUGACUUCCUUUUCAACACAAACAGGAACGUGACCACAGCACGGUGGGAUGAGAUCUACCAGCUCGAGGCUCUGAUCCUGGAGGGCACAAACAUCGUUCAGGAGGUGAGCCGAAAACAAUGGCCUGGUAAUGGCUCAGGACCAAGUGUGAAUUACUGCAUGCUGGUGGUCUGCGAGACCGGUAAGUCUUCUUAAAUUGAGCUUCCCUUCAACUAUCCAGUUAGGACGGGGCAUUUUUUGGGACGCAGUACUUGACCAUUUCUAUACUCCUUCGUCAAAUAGACCACAAAAGAUAGAGUAGGUGGUAUUAUGUGUGGCUGUGCUACAUCCCCUUGCAUCACGAGCAAAUAGGAGCAUUAUGCUGCUGCAUGCGCCAAAAUCGACAGACAAAAUAGGACUAAACUUAGUAAGUUUAACAAAAGAUUUGCUGCUAACUCUUGCUGUAUGUGAGAUGCCGCCAAUGAAGGGAUCCUGGCUGGAUUAAACUCUUCACUGAGCAUCCAAUUCCUCCUAGGCGGAUGUCUUGCUGAAGUUCACAUGUCACCUUAUCCACAACAAUACAGACGGAGAUUUCUCCCGUUUAUUUUACAUACAGACUCUCUGGCACCCUCUGAACAUAUUUAUGACAUUAAAAGACUGACUAUCUUCCUUAUAGGUAACUCGACGGUAGUGAUUUUCGUAAUCCUGGCUGAAUUCAUAUCAGCUAUCAUCGUUUAUUUGGUCGUUGAAAUUACUUUUCGGUAAGCAAAGGUAUCUGCACUGACCAAGCUUAAUUAAAUGCAACUUUUUUGAUAAAGUACACAGAAAUUUCCAAGUAUAUAUAAUCAGUUUAUAAAAGCCUCGGAACCAUAUCUGUUGAGUAUGACCUUUGGGCAGCUCCUAUUCCGGGCUGCGCGAGGGAUCUAGCCACGGCUUCGGAAACCCCUUUCAUGUACGAAAUGCUCCGCCACGAUGUCGGCUGACUAUGCUCUUCAUUCCGCUUCCCUUAUCUGCCUUCGGCUUCGUACACAACUUCGUUUGUGUUGCAGUGGGUGGAAUGGGAGUUGCCCAAAGGUCACACUCAACAAUCCGCCGGCAAGCUAUACGGCCAAAAGACCUGAUCCCUAAGCGGGGAUGUCGGCCGUUGUCUACAUACUUCAGUACAGCUGCGGGAUGUGCAUCUGCGUUGGGAAACCGACUGACGGCUGCAAACGUGAAUGCAAAAGCACGUGCGAAGGUUGGACCCAAAGUCGGAGGCAGAAACCCAUGCCGCGCAAAUGGGACACAUCUUCAACUUUGGCGUCGUUGAGAUUGUGGGCCGGAGCGAUGAUCAUACGGCAAAGCAGGUGCAAAAAGCCUGUAUGUCCAUCGACUGCUCUGUCAACCGCCACAUCAAUUUGCCUCCCCCCUCCCCUAUCUGGUUUUACGAACCAUCCUAACGGGAGGAGGGGCAGUCACGGCGUGGGACAAUCGCGGCCGACGAGGGCGGGGUCGAUUCAGGUCACGGUGACAUGCCGGUCGGAUGCAGCCACUCAGGCGCCAGUGACGGACCACGCAUCAAACAAAGCGUGCCAUACAAGGGGAGUUGUGCUCAUGACACCACACUCUCUGCAGAGAUGGGUAGACGAAGGGACUACUCGAAACGUCAGACCUCUAAUAAACCCUCCCCAGUGAACGACUCCCCUUCAUUUAAAAUUAACAAUGUUUUGGGCUUUUGCAACUGGUCAUCAAGCGGCAGAAAACCCAAAAAUACUCUCAACAACUAGGUACCUGACGCUUUUCGACAUCCAUUAUCGAGUGACUGAUGUUCUAAUAGUGCACGACUGGCUAGGUUUCUACAGGGUAAUCUCGAACUGUUUCAUUGUGGCCCAUUUUGACUCAUAAUGGAAUUAUUGCGGCGUUCUUCAAGGCUAAACACAGCUAUACAGAUAUAACUUUGAUGGGCCGGAUCAGACAUCUGGAAACCCAUUUUUGGUUUGCGUCUUAGAGUUGCAUUAAAAUCAAAAGUGACUCUUUUGCACACUUAUUGGUUUGCACCUUUUCCCUCGCUCCCCAGAAUAAACGUUUAAUAUCACCCGCCCUUUUACUUUUACACAUCAAGAAGACGUCAGGAAACUUUACGGCUGCGCAAGGGAAUGAACAAGCUAAUUCUCUAUCCGGAUGACAUUGAGCCCAUGAAGAAAUCAAAAAAUGACGAGGUGCUUCAACACUGUUUUACUCUAUUUGCGACACCAAACUGUUUACUUGCUUCACCUUUGUGUGAUUUAACCUGUGUGCAUUGUUUUCGUCCGACAUUCGAAAAGUAGCCCACAAUCUAGCAAAACGUGCCAAACAUAAGUUUAUCAAUCUUUCACCUUUAUGUUGUUCUACUAUGGGGUUUGAACUUUCAAAAACGAAGUAUACCGAGCGUUAGAGAGAGAGAGGGCAAUUACCGUCCGAAUGUUAAUUUGUGUUUAAGUUCGAUGGUAUCUUCUGAUAAUGUCCGCAUGAUUCACGGCCUUACAAGCGAGACAAGAUAUUUGCACCUCCGAAAGUGCGCCAGAAAUGGUUGAUAACUGGUAUUGAGCGAUCACAAGCUGGUCUGCUCAAUACGGAAUUAAUGCUCCUUUUUCAGACAGUGAAGACUGAAGCGUAUGAACUGCGCUAGCACUCGCUAAUUUCCGGCCUACGACUUCUAAUCCAAGAGCACUAGCCGCACCCUAUGAAUGGCCUUUGUGAAUGUUAAGGCGGGUUUGUCCCCUACCUCUUACCAUCUCUCCUGAAGGAAAAGCAUAACCUUGAUCAUUUUGCCGUUCUAUGAACUUUAAUUUUUGCAUGGUUUGUUUAUACCGGUAUUCUCAUUGCAAGUGGGGUUAUUCUUUGUCUCUUGGGUUCCAAAUCCCUAAGGCCAGACUUGGAUCUCGGUUAACUUUAGGGUAUCUGAAUCUGCUUCAGAGUGUUUAACACAUCUUGUUUGCAUAAGAUACGCAUAACAGACGAUGGCAAACCGGACAGGGUGCACCUUUGAGGUGUUCUGUGCGAUAACAAGCACAGCGUGUUCGUUUUUUUGUAGUCGGUACAAGGGAGGUCCAAAUUUGCCACCAAUUUUUUGCCACCUACUGCUGUCCAUGAACACAGCAGUCCUUAUCGCAUCCCAUUCACUUUUUUGGCAAGACUGGGUUGUUUCCUAACUGUUCACGAAUAUGUAACAUUUACGAAUGAUAGUGCUGCGAGCUUCAAAAGAUCAGCACUAACCGAAUUUCCGUCCGGUGAUUAAGUGUGCACUGCAUUGUUAACCACCUCCUCUAUGCUGUAAAGCAUUACCCGUUACUACACACCUUAUCUUCAGAGUACAGUUGGUCCGCAGAUUCCAUCCCAGGCCUCCUCCUGUGCAGACUUAAGCAACAGCGAUCUGUCCAACAGAGAGGACACACGGAAUGCGUACUCGGCAGCAACCUCCGUCUUCCGAACUUUUGAAAAUACUGCCGUUUUCAAUGUGAGUUCCCAUUCGUCAAGGAGCCACACCUAA